AUGUUUACUACUUACAACUAAUUUAAUAGCAUAUAUCCUCUUUUCUUCUUUUAUUUUUAGUGAAUAUAGAAGACACAAUACCCAUUUUGCCAUUUUCAUGUGCAUAAAUAUACUAUACAUUGUACAUUAAAAAAGGCAAACAUUGGAAGGGUGUUUCAGUCUUUACAUAGUAGAUUCUAAGAAGAUGACCAGGUUUUUGGAGCUGUCCCAGGGCUUCUCUAUGUGCCAGCCAGCCUGCCUGCCUGCCUGCUUGAAGAUUGUAACAUGAACAAACAAAAACAAAAGGAAAGUUGAGACUGAGAAAAGAGAAGGAGAACAAAGAAAGAGAAAAUAAAAGAUUUUAUGCUUUUGGGUCUUGUUUGUUCCACACCAGCUAUUCAAUCUAGGCUACAAGCAUUCUGCAACAGUAUAGUCCUCCUGCUGGAAAAAUAGCUACAAUGAAUAAUUCUACUAGGAGCUCAGUUGCAAUGUUUCCAGGCAGUGGAACUACUAGAACAUUUGAGUUUGGGAGGACCCAUGUGGUCAGGCCCAGAGGGAACCACCAGGCUACAAUAGUUUGGCUGCAUGGUCUUGGUGACAAGGGCUCAAGCUGGUCUCAGCUCUUCGAAACCCUUCCCCUUCCAAAUAUUAAGUGGAUUUGUCCAACUGCUCCUACUAGGCCAGUAGCAAUAUUUGGUGGAUAUCUUUGCACUGCAUGGUUUGAAGCGGGAGAUCUUUCAGGAGAUGGUCCUGAUGAUUUGGAAGGGUUAGAUGCUUCAGCAGCACAUGUUGCCAAUCUGUUGUCAACAGAGCCUGCUAAUGUUAAACUCGGAAUUGGUGGCUUUAGUAUGGGUGCUGCAACUGCUCUCUACUCUGCCACAUGCCACACAUUAGGGAAAUAUGGCAACGGAAACCUGUAUCCAAUUAACUUAAGUGCAGUUGUUGGUCUAAGUGGUUGGCUUCCAUGUUCAAGGACCUUGAGGAACCAGAUGGAAGGAUCUAUCGAGGCAGUGAGGCGUGCAGCAUCCUUGCCCAUUCUGCUGUGUCAUGGCUUAGGUGAUGAUGUGGUUGCAUAUAAAAAUGGAGAGAGAUCAGCUCAGGCUUUAAAUUCAGUUGGUUUCCGGAAUCUUACAUUCAGAGCCUAUAAUGGGCUUGGUCAUUAUACAAUCCCUGAAGAAACAGAUGAAGUCUGCAAUUGGCUAACUGCAAGGUUGGGUCUUCAGGGUUCACAGCUGUGAUAUAAGUUAUAAAAAAAACGUUGGCAUGGCAAUGUGGAGAUAGGGAAGAAUGAAUUUAAUCAGACUUAUAUUCAAGGAUUAGAAAGAGGUAAUCUAGAUAGAUGUUUGGUGUGGACUAUAUGGUAUAGCUGUAUCCCUAUCAAUCUUUGUUUUACUAAAUAAACUUUCUUGCUAUGAGUUACAUUUUGGUUUCCUGGCUGCUAGGAAUUGGUGAUAGUAAAAUUUGUUCAUUAGGUUGGAGUGGAUGGGAGUUCUACUGCCAUUAUCUCAGUCUAGGAAAUUUUGGGUUGCUUGAAUUAUGUAGCUCAAUUACAAGGCUGUCCUGCAGUGGAUGUAUUUUCAGUGCAUAAUAAAAGCUGCAUUCUGAUGGACUCAUUUCUUUCGUACUUGAAUACUGUUUUUUGCUCAUUUGCCAUGUAACAUUCAAUUAUUAUCAAAGACAAACUUGGCUCAAGUGAUGGAUCCAACCAAUAAUGCUUGAACUUUGCCUUUUUGCUGUUUGGGGAAGUAAAGGAAAGUGGAUUUUUGUCUCUAAUACUAUUUUAUCGAGUGGGGGAAAACAAAAGAUUUUACCUCGACAUGUCAGGUUUAGUUUAACAAAAACUAUCUCCAGCUUUCAUGGUCUUCUUUAGAAACCAAUAUCCAAGAAACACAUAGCUUAGACAUUCAUUAACCCAAGUC